AAAAAAUCUAUCCAUGCAAGGUGCAUAAAUAAGUAUACGUGUGUGUAAACAUGACAAAUGAGUAGAAUGAGGAGAUAUGUAUUGGAUCAGAACAAGGCUGUUUUGAGAUACGAUAAUUAGGGUAUGGAGAGUAACACAAUUUAUAUAUCCGGUGGGGACAUAGACGAGCAGUUAGAAACAGAGAUAUUAGAAAUAUACACAUCUGGACCAAAUGCUUCAGUUAUUAUCAAUGCUGACAUUGAAGACAACCAGAAAAGAUGGCUGAUUAUUGGUAUAUGUAUUCAGUCUGUUUUGGCUCCAGCACUGCGAAAAUUUACAGAACCAAUAACACACAACUUGUACAAUGUAAUACAAAGUACGCAUUUAAUUCAAACACAGACAUAUCCAAACCAGCUUAGAAAAUACCCGAGUUCGGGAAGGGAUCUGAAUUAUGAAGCAAUCAAUAACAACCAUUUAAUACCCCGAGUUCGUCGACAACCAGAUGUUGGGAAGUACGACUACAAAGUGAGCAGUCAUGUAGAAUUCUCAAAAUUAUUUUUGAAGACUUUUAUGGCUCAAUACACGGCUUUUGAUGAAACAUGCGACUUGUCAGCGCUCCUAGGGAUAAUUAUAAACAUUGACAAGUUUCCACAGCCAGUACAGAAUGUUGCUAUGAAGCUACGUUCGGAUGUACGGAACCCAUGGGCACAUUGUAAUUUUGAUGAAUGGGACUCCCUUAAAUAUCAAACUGCAUUCCAGCUGUUGCAUCAAUUAGUAAGAUGUCUUCAGCUGAACACAACAGACGAAGCAAGCUUACUGGCAGAAUUGACCAAAUGGGAGACAAACGGAUUUAUGUUUCUUCAAGGCUAUGGAGUCACCCAGCAAGUUGUAAAAGAAAUCCGACAACAGACACGUGCUUUGGCUGAUUAUGCGUUGAAAAUGAAAUCGGGAACGGACUCGAUAUUUGCACAGGUGCAUGCUGCUAUGUUCAAAAUAAAUGGUGAAAUAAUGUUAGCUUGUAGUCGUAUUAGCAGUAUUGAAUCGAAACAAAAUGAACAAAAAACAGAUAUUAGUAACCUGAACAAAGAAGUUAGUGUUUUAUAUGAUAGAUCAUUAGCCAUUGAAAACGUUCAAACUGAACAAGGACUGAAGAUUGAAGCAAAUGUUUCUAACACGGCUGCAAUUGCUAAAAAUGUCGAGAUGUUGAAAAUAAGGGAUGAUUCUACAGCAAAACACGUGAGUGAGCUUGAAAACGAAAAUAAAAAAAUUAGGGAAGAUAUAUCGGACAUAAAAUCUGAUAUAACCGAAAUAAAGGUUGACAUUAAAGAUUUCACAAAUUAUUUGCCGAUGUCUAAGCCUGUCGGAAAAACGCUUUUUUAUCCACCAAAUCGACCAGAAUCAUUUGUUGCUAGGGAAACGGAGUUAUGUAAACUUAAAGACAGUUGUAUAGGCAAAAAUAAUGCAAAUCAUACUUUAGUCAUAUGCGGAUUAGGUGGUUGUGGAAAGACAACGCUUGCAAUUGAGUUUGCAUGGCGUUCGCAGGAGUUUUAUCCAGCCGGUGUGUUUUGGAUGUCAGCAGAGACACAAGAUACAUUAGAAGAUUCCCUUACAAUAUUAGCCCUUGAUGUUGAUUCGACUGGUAAAGACUUCAGAGAAACUUUAAAAAAAACCCUCAAAUGGUUUUCUAAUUUGAAUGAAAGAUGGCUUUUAGUUGUGGAUAAUAUAGACGAAGAAUACCUUUCUGACAAUACAAAAGAAUUAUUGUUAGGUAGUUGGAAACGGAGUACUCGUGGACAUAUUAUUAUUACUAGCCGACGCGAACCCAAUGAAGUUGAAGAAUCAAUGGUUGUAAAGAAAGAGGAUUGCAUUACUUUAAAUGUAUUUGAAAUAGAAGAAGGGUUAGAAUUUCUAAAGAGGAGAACAGGAAUAAACUGCACUAAUGAUGACGAUACAAUAAUGACAUUAGUAGAAGAGCUUGGGGGAUUGCCAUUAGCAUUAGAACAAGCAGCUGCACAUAUAAAAAGCAUUAAAUGUGCCUUUAGUGAGUACGUCAACAAAUUCAAAAAGAAACGUUUGAAAUUAUUGAAGGCAGCACCUUCUGUAAGGAAGAUCAGCAGAGAUAGACUAGCGAUAGCGACAACUUGGCAAUUGAAUAUUGAUUACAUAACUAGGCAAUCGGAAAAUGAAGGCCUUGGUAUGGCUGCUGCAACCGUAAUGCACAUUGCGUCAUUUUUGUUUGCAGAUGAUAUUCCAAAAGAACUUGUAAAUGUAGGAAGUCCACUUGUAGAAGAUAGUAAUUUGGUUGAAGUUCUUGAAGAUGAAAUGGGAUGCAAACAGGUCAUUGAAAUUUUAACGAGAUUCUCAUUGUUUCAGCGAGUACAUGAUACGUCUCUCUCGGUUCAUAGGUUAGUUCAAGAGGUUAUUAGAGAUAAUAUGUCCGUCGAACAUUGUUAUUUGAUUCUUCAACAUGCUACACGCAUGGUUAAUAACGCGUUAUAUUUUAGUCUAUCCCCUGCGGAUAUUCUUUAUAGCGACGCCUUAAAAAAGAAGAGUGAAAGGGGAACCCUCGUAAAAUGGAGCAAGUUAGCAGCCAACGCAAAUUCAAUAAAACAUUACGUUUUCAAUCUUAAGAAAGACGAGAUUCCGGAGCACGAACUUUUCUUCAACAAAGAAAUUUUAAGAAUAUUACAAACAACAGCCUUAUAUCACAGCAUUCAUCAAAGACAAGCUAUAGCACUUGCGGAUCAAGCACAGAUGAUUCGAAUAAUGACAACUGUGGAGGUUGAUACACAUUUUUACAAUGAUCUUACAAGAAUAAAAAUACCGCUGCUCCAACGAGAUCGAGAGAAAAUUGUAGACUGUUUAAUGUCUGUUGUUCCUGUCGAAAUAGAAACUCCUGACUAUACAUCAGUCGUAACAUAUAGGGCUGAAGAUUUAAGAUUACUUGGAAAUGAAGCAUUCAAAGAGCAGAGAUAUCUAGAUGCUAUACGGUAUUACACUGAAGGUAUAAGGUCUAGUUCUAUUGAAACUAUUGAUAGCAGAUUAUUUUCUAACAGAUGUUUAGCUUAUAUUCGAAUAAGGGACUUUGUACACGCCUUUUCUGAUGCAAAUAAAUGUAUAGAAAUUGCCUCUAUCAAUUGGAAAGGAUAUUGUUGGAAAGCCUAUGCCAUUUCGGGAUUGAUAGAAGAAGGAUCGUUUCCUCCCACCAUGGAAGCUAUGGGAUUAGCUUCAGCUUGCAUUGCAUCCUAUAAAUAUCCCCCUUGUCUCCUUGAAUACAACAUGAAAAUAUCUUAUCCCAUAAUAAAUUAUCAAAUAGUUGAAAGGCCAGAAUGUUUACAACAAGACAUAAUGUCGUUAACAGACAGACCAUUCACUACGCUUUUGUUACGAAAGGGACUCUAUACAUUUAACGAACCACUCAUAACAACAAAGAGUAUCCAGGUCAUCGGUAUAGAAGACGAUGUCGAUAUUGACACAGGUCCAGGUUUACAAAUUUGUCGUUUACCGAAAGGCGCUUUUCCAGUUGAUAUUGAACCUGAACAAACGAUUAAGACACACUUUGAAAAAGUUAAUUUUGUUUCAGGCAAUCACAUCACAGUUCUUGAGAAUUCGAUCGCAACGUUUUAUAACUGUAAAUUUUCAAACGGGAAAGCAGGAUGUGAUACUUUUCCAAAAUGCACAGGAAAGAUAGGAUGUAUAAAUCCGUUGAAAUGUAGGCAGGCAUACAAGGAAGAUAAGUUGCUUUUCGGAACUAUUUCUUUUGGACAAGCCGGUUUUCCUGGAAUAAUGGUAUUCAACGGAGGAAUUGCGUACCUAGACGCAUGUUUACUGAAUAGGUGUGGAGGUGGUGGUGUUUUGUCAGAAGGAAAAGGUUCGUUCAUGGAAAUCAAAAACUGUAACGUGCAGAAUAUGAGACAAAUGGGAAUUGAAGCUAGAAAUGAAGGCGCAGUCAAAAUAAGUAAAAAUACCAUAUUAGAAAAUCAGACCCAUGGUAUUGCUAUUGGACCUAACGGUUAUGGUUUUAUUGAAGAAAACAUAAUUCAGGGAAAUGGGGCAGAAGGUAUAUGGUGUGGAGGAGUAUUAGAUUCUCAUGAAUCGCCAAAGAUGAACGAAACUGGUGCCUCAAGAGCUGUUAUUAUUGAUAACGAUAUUGGACAAAAUGGUCUUUGUGGCGUAUCAUGUGAUGGCUGUUUCGUCGAAAUCAAAGGAAAUAGAAUCUUUUCUAAUCAUCUAUGGGGCACGAUGGUGAAGUCGAGAUCUUCGGCAUAUAUUCUUAAUAAUGACAUUUUUGAUAACAAAUGUGGUGGAAUCAGAAUCGGCCACAACUAUACUGCGUCGGUUAUAAUUGAUGGGAACACUAUAAGGGAUCACACUGGUCCAGGUGUGUAUACAGUGAAUUCAGCAGAACGUUUUUUAAACAAAAUGAAGACGGACUUGUCUGAUUGUUUUGUGGGGAACGGUGAAAUUAUGGGAUAUUCAAGACCGCCUGUAAUAACAAGUACAAAUGUACUGAGGAAUAACGACAAAGGAACACAACACCCAAAUGAAGUUGUACGUUUAAUCGAAGCCUGCAGUUAUUGCCGUCAAGUAUUACAUAAUUUAAAAUCAUGUUCCAAAUGUAAAAAGGCAACAUACUGUUCAAGGAAGUGUCAGUCAAAACAUUGGCUACUACAUAAACAUAUGUGUAAGCUUCUGAGGAGUUCAUAUGUAGUUGAAGUUCCAAUGUCGAAUAUAGAAUCAAAUAUGCUUGGAGAUGAACCGAACACUUUACAUUUCAGACAAUUUAAUCCUAAACUUAAAGGAAUUUUAGAAGGAACACCGCCUAACAAAAGAAGUUGCAAUCGUUUUAUAGUUAAGAUUCAAUCUGGAAAGGAAUAUACAUUUUAUGAUCCAAACAAAGAACUAGUUGUUUAUGAUCAAACUGUUACACUAGACAUACAAUUUUCAAAUCCCAUUCUGUAUCAUCUGUGUAUGGAAUGUGGAGUUCUUGCAGGUGAGAAAUUCACAACGAAAAAGAUAUUUUGUUGGGCAUCGUACAAAAAUAAUGGAAAAACCCUUUGUUUCUAUACAGACAACCUUCCUCCGUUUCAAACGUGGUGAUGUAUUAAAUCAGAUUUAAAUGAUUUGAAAUCAAACGUACUUAUGAUUUAUGAAACCUUUAAUUGGUAAUUUAUUUUAUAAGUUACCUGAGUUUUUAGUAGUCAAAAUACCGAUAUGAUUAAUGUAGACUAAGAUCAGUAUAAACAAUUCAUCAACUUAUUUUCGUAAAAGAUGUUUUUCAGCAAAUGAGAUGGAUUGUGUCAAAGCUAGUUUAUACAUAAAUCUUUGACGCCAACAAGGUUGUGUACGAUUAGUACAGUUGUUUCGAAAUGUAUUUUUAAAAAAACUCGACAAAGAAAUUGUAUCUAGAUUUUAUUACUAGAGGUUGGUCAUUUAAAGAAGUAUCGACCGUAUCAUAUACUUUGACGUAUAUGCAGAUAUACCAAAAACAGUUUGCGAAACCGAGGCGGAGCUUUUAUUAUAUGUACUUUGAAUAAUGCAAAUUGACAACUGAUUAAUUUCUUAUGCAAAUAUUAACAAUACAAUUGCGGAAAUGUCGAGUUUAUGUGCUUGUAAUCAAACAUUAAAAGAUAUUCUGCAUAAUUUGAACAUUUUAGAGGCAUGAUAGGAGUGAAUACGUUAAAACCGUUUAUUUGUGUGCUGGAUUGUGCUCACGUAGAACCUAAUUUUUAGUUGACACUCAGACUUGUUUUUUUUCGAAUGUAGUGAUAUGACAUCUGAAGACAACUACUACUUUUUCUGAUAUAAUUGAAAAUGAACACUAUUCCAAGUUCCUUACAUGAAUAUGUGUCAGUUAGUGUAUAGAAAGGUAUAUACUAUGAAAAUAAGAGCGCGGGGCUUUAUCCCAAGCUGCAAAUUUCCUUAGAAUUAUCAAUUCAGGGGUUGCAACCCAGCAACUAGCAGCAAAAAACUGCAUUUCACCCCAAAGUUAUAAUUUUAGCCAUUACAGCCAUGGUGGUUGGCAGGUGUGGUCAUUGGACACAUUUGUUAAAAUUUGAUACCCAAGUGAUAAUUAUGCCCAAGUUUGGUUAAGUUCGGCCAAGUAGUUUCAGAGAAGAAGAUUUGUGUUAACAAACGACGUUCCACGGACGCCAAGUGAUGAAAAAAGCUCACUUGACCCUUUGGACCAGGUGAGCUAAACAAGAGAAGUCCACGCUAUCAAUCAGCAUGUCAUUAUAAUGUCACUGUGAUCAAUCAAAAAUAGAUCAGUGAAAUUUUAAAAUCAGCUGGAUGUUUUAAAAUUGUUAUGUUUCGACGAUAAGUUCAGACAGCCACACAAUAUUGAACAGGAGAGAGUUUCAACUCUAGGUAAGGCAGAGACCAAACAAUUUCCCACAAAAGUCAAUGGUUAACUUGAAAUCUUAUUCUAGUUUUGAACAAAAAUCAUUAAAAACGUUUAAGGAAUUAUAGGUAUAAUUGUAAUAGUUAACAUGGUAAAUAAGUUGUUAGAAUGUUCAAAGCGAAUCAUUAAUACAGUUGAUGACUAUAUAACUGUUGCAUAUUAACGUUGUUUAGUUAUUAAAAUGAACCAUAAGGAACACGACAGACGGGUGCCACAUGUGGAGCAGGAUCUCCUUACCAUUCCGGUGCAUUAGAGGUGUCAUACCACCAAUUAAAAGUCCCUAUUUGUUUGACCAAAGUUUGCAAUUUUCACAGCUUUCUAAAAUAUUUUAUCUUAAUAGAAACCAGGUACAUUUUGUAUAUCCUGAAUCGUACAUGUAUCAGCUUUCUACAUGUUAAUUUUCAACAGAUGUUUAAAAUCAUAUAAAAAAAGAAGAGGUCUUCCGAAUAGAGGUACCACUAAAAAUACCCCUAGUUUUCUUGAAAUCUUAAAUUAGUAUACUAUGGAGUGCAUUAAUCCUCAAUUUUGAAUGCAAACUCAUAAACAAGUAAAUUUAGCUCAAAAUGGACAGUGUCAAUAACAGUAGAAAAAUCAACAUGACCAAUGAUUAAAAACAAAAAAUCGGGAAAAUGUUCCCAAAAUUUUCAUUGUGCUAAUGAAUUCAAAAUCGUUCAAUUUUUUUUAUGUCAUGUUUUGAAUUCCCGCAUCUGCGCAGAGAUCUACAAAGUACAUGUACUUCCUUUUUCCGCUCUCGUUUAUAUAAAACUUUGAGUAUAAUAUAUAUUUAUCAGACUAGUACAAAAUAGGAAGGAAUGCAAUACCAAUUUCAUUUUUAAUAA